AUGGCUCCACCGUCUUCAACACCUUCACCACGUCGGUUCUUGCUGAACAAAAGACCUCAGAACCAUGCCACGCCGACACCGUCAAAAUUAUCGAAACAGGUGCUGCAAGAUGGCCCCGACUCUAGUACUUCUCGACCGACAUCUGGCCCAACACCCUCACAGUUUGCGAAGGUGCCUCGAUUUGCCAUGUCCACUGCACGGCGGGCAUCUUUUCCUCCACGUUCACCAUCACCUGCAAAACCUCAGUUCUCGACCACAGGUCCUAGUAUCACCUUUGGCAAUCAACGUGACAAGGCGAGAGAGAUUAUCACCGUAUCUGACGAUGAUGAAGAAAUGCUCGACAACGAUAAUAGUCAUCUCACCUUCACACCUUGGACACAGCCUGAGUCUCAGGAUUCGGUGCCAGAGCCUGAGAAGGGAGCAUAUCUCGCACCCCACUUACCACCAUCGCCAAAACGACGAAGGGUCGAUGAUGGCGAUUCAACGUCGACCCCACAGCCGACCCCAGCCCGUUUCAUCUUGCCGUCCACAGGCAUGAGCCGGUCACCACUCACUCAGGCAGACAGAAGUACACCCGCAAGUAGUAGACCAGCCUUCUUGGUGGCAUCGCUUCCACCGCCAGAGACUGUUGCGCCGCUACCUGAUGCCUUCUCACCUCGAAGAAGAGGACAGAAGUUCUUGCCUGGUGGUCUAGCAUCGGAGCUACAAUCAUGGGUUAUCGAGGCAGCGCAGACUGCAUCUCAAGGUAGACCCCGUAAUCUUUUACAAGUCGACGAUUUGGUGCACAUUAUCGACAUCAAUGAAGUCAAAGGAGAUGGCCCAGUAUUCGCACAUGGCACAAUGCCUGGAAAGGAAAUUGCUAAUGUGCUGCUUGUUGAUGGUCAAGCGAACCGAAAAGCAGACAGGGUACACGUAGGGGACAGGGUGAGCAUCCGGUUGCCAACAUGGGAGGUUCAGGUGUCAGGUGAAGCAUGGACAGUCGGCGUUGACUGGAGAACUCUGAAGCUGUGA